AUGAAAGUUUCUGGCAAUCCUACCCUGAGCUCUCUCUUCUACCUCCACACUCCUCCGUCAAACCCACCACUUUCCCACACCUAUAUGCACCCCCUCCGCCUCUCCUGCUCCUUCAAACCCAGAAAACCCCCCAAACCACCUUCUCUAUCCGCCUCAACACCGCCGCUUGCCAAAGACAGAGUCAUUGACUUCGGAAAAUACAAGGGCAAGAUGUUAGGCACCCUCCCUUUAGCCUACCUCAAGUGGGUCUCCAAAAAUCUCUGCGCUCACGACUUCGAGGACUGGGCGAAACUCGCCGACCAGGUCCUUGACGACUCCGUUUACCGGGACUAG